AUGGAACGACCCAUUUCCACUCCAGAAACCUCUAAUGAGGUAAACAUUGAGAAGUGGGAUUGGUACAACCGAAUGUGUCUUAUGAUCAUGAAACGCUCUAUUCCAAAGACGUUUCGAGACUAUAUUUAUGAGGGUCAAAGUGCAAAGAAAUUCCUUGAGAAAAUUGAGCAAUACUUUGCCAAAAAUGAAAAAGUAGAAAGGAGUAACCUUUUAGCUAAACUCAUCUCCAUGAAGUAUAAAGGCAAAGGGAACAUAAGGGAGUACAUUAUGGAGAUGUCCAAUCUCGCAUCAAAACUCAAGUCAUUUAAGUUAGAGCUUGGUGAAGACCUGCUCGUGCACUUGGUUUUGAUCUCGCUUCCUGCACACUUUGGGCAAUUCAAAGGGAACUAUAACACUCAAAAGGACAAAUGGUCCCUCAAUGAGCUUAUAUCUCACUGUAUGCAAGAGGAGGAGAGGCUGUAG